UUGAUUGACGACGUCAACAUCAAAGACAACGACAACGACAACGACAACAAUGUGACUCACACAUUUAUGUACAUAGAUAUGGCCUCAAAGAAUGGUUGGGAUGAUGUCGAUGAUGAAGAUAUCAACAACGAUAACAACAACAACAAUAAUAACAACAAUAACAACAAUAGUAAUGGCCCACUAGAGGAAGAUAUACCAAAGGGAAUGUGCACAGAGUGUACAGACCAACCUGCAUCAAUUCACUGUGAGCAGUGCGAUGAUGACCUCUGCGAGGUCUGUGGCUUGUCAUUGCAUCGAAAGGGAAUGAGAAAGAGUCACACUUAUAUAGACCUUGCGACAUCGUUACAGAAGAGCUUUGCCAUUGCAGCUGGUCUGCUUAAUCACAGGCCAUCGGUAGCCUCUUCGUCCGCUGCCAGUGAACAUAUACAUAGUGCGCCAAUUGGUCUGGGAGUUGUAGAACUUGGAUUGGGUCAUCCUCCCGCAGUGCAUCCAUCAAGCGAUCAACCUCAAGCAUCAGACAGUACUAUGAAUGAAGACAACGACAGCAACAACAACAACAACAAUCGCGACGAGAACAACAACAACAAUAACAAUGGCAAUGGCAAUGGCAAUCAUUCAAACUCAAAGAUGAUGAUUAUGUCACCUGGUGAUGAGAUGGAUAUUGAAGAACUAGAACAUCAUAUUAGACUAGUGUGUAAUAAUAGCAAACAAGCUUCCAAGAUACCAUUCGCGGUGCGUGCCAAGUGUAUCCCAGUGCGACUCAAUGUCAAGGAGAGGAACUAUCUGCGUCUGCUCGAGUCGGCGCUUCACGUAUCAGAGUACACCGACCAAAUCGAUAUCCGCAUCAACUACAGUGCCAAGACCACCCGCAUGAAGAAGCUCAUCCAUCAGAUAUGUGACAUCCUUACAGGACUACUAGUCGCCAAUGACUUCAAGAGUGGACGAGAACUAUUGAGCUCACAUGAACUGAAGGAGAAUGAGGAGUUCUUCCAGAUGGUGUUUGAGAUUGGCAGACGACACAAGAUUAUGAACCCAUCAAAGAUGAGAUCAGAGUAUGGAAAGAUGAUUCAUUUGCUACAGGAUUCAAACAAGAGUGAGAUUCGCUCAGCCAUUGGAAUGACAUUGGUCACCGAUCUGAAGACUGUGUACAAGACACUGGAGAGAUGUGAUGGUCUCGCACUGCUGGACGACCCUCUGCUCGACUUUGCCACAAGGGAGAUCACACUAUAUGGCAAGACACGCGAUGCCAUCCAUCAUGAGACCACCCUAAAGGACAAGGCCAUCAAGGCACUCUCCAACAAGUAUAGAUCAGAGACACUGUCCUCCGACACGAUCCAACAGUGCAUCUAUUCGAUCGGUGACAACAACUCGUUCCUGAGGGACAACCGCGACCCCGUCAGCAAGAUGCUCAAAUACCUCGACACCUACUUUGACCCAGAGAAGGAGGACUCGCACUUCUCGCUAAAGAUUUCGUUUGGCCAGGAAGGCGCGCGCCUCAGCCACUCACACAGCAGACAGUGCAUCUACGUCUACCAGUCGCUAGUUCUUUGGAAGAAGAUCCUGAACGACAUGUUCAAGCUCUGGUAUCUGGCAGAGACGGAUCUGCUGCGCGGCGCCGAUUACCGUCUGUCCGAAACUGGACAGGGUCUGAACCGUAUGCAGUAUGCACCCAAGAUCUCUGCCGAGAUGGGCAGGAUACUCCAGUCGGCACAGAUCAAGGUUGGCUCUGGCUGGGUCGGCUCAACCGUCGUCCACAUGGGCGAUCACAACGUGCCCAAUGCAUUGACAUUCAUCGACAAGUACACUCAAGUGUCUCGCAUCCUCAAUCCCAUCGUAACGACACUGGAAUACAUCGAGCGACAGCAAGAGCCACAUCUAUUGGACCUCAUCAACAAUCACUUCCAUGGCAAGAGAUUCUUGAUGAUGUGUAUUCUGACCGACUUCUUCAGGCAUGGAUUCGAUGGAAGUGGCGCAGACAACAGCUUCGACGCAGGAUCAUGUAUUGAUGGCAGAUUGACAUCAUGUUGGAACUGGUGCUCCAAGAUCGAAAAGAAAGGCUAUUAUCCAAUCUUCUUGCUCGCUGGCUUCAAUGGAUUCGAUGGCAGUUUCAAUUAA